GGGAUUGGAGAGCCCAGCGUGUACCACGCCGUGGUGGUGAUUUUCCUGGAGUUCUUUGCCUGGGGGCUGCUGACCACACCGAUGCUGACGGUGUUACACCAGACUUUUCCUCAGCAUACAUUCUUGAUGAAUGGCCUCAUUCAUGGAGUCAAGGGUCUGCUUUCUUUUCUAAGUGCCCCACUGAUUGGUGCUCUCUCUGAUGUCUGGGGCAGGAAAUCCUUCCUCCUCCUCACGGUCUUCUUCACCUGCGCGCCAAUUCCCCUUAUGAAGAUCAGUCCAUGGUGGUAUUUUGCUGUCAUUUCCAUGUCUGGAGUCUUUGCUGUCACCUUUUCUGUGAUUUUUGCCUACGUUGCCGAUAUCACACAGGAGCAUGAACGCAGCACGGCGUAUGGCUUGGUGUCAGCCACGUUUGCUGCUAGUCUGGUCACAAGCCCAGCGAUCGGCGCGUACCUGUCCCAAGCCUACGGCGAUACCUUGGUGGUUGUGCUCGCUUCAGGUGUUGCUUUGCUGGACAUUGGUUUCAUCCUGCUGGCUGUGCCAGAGUCUCUGCCAGAAGAGAUGCGCCCAGUCUCUUGGGGAGCUCCAAUCUCUUGGGAACAAGCAGAUCCAUUCGCUUCCUUGCGGAAGGUGGGUCAGGAUUCUACAGUGCUGCUCAUCUGUAUCACCGUCUUUCUCUCCUACCUUCCUGAAGCCGGCCAGUACUCCAGCUUUUUCCUGUACCUGCGACAGGUCAUUGGUUUUUCAUCGGAGACUGUGGCAGCCUUUAUUGGUGUCGUUGGGAUUCUCUCUAUACUGGCUCAGACAGUAGUGUUGGGAAUUCUCAUGCGUUCAAUAGGAAAUAAAAACACCAUCCUGUUGGGACUAGGCUUCCAGAUCCUGCAGCUUGCCUGGUACGGCUUCGGAUCGCAGCCAUGGAUGAUGUGGGCAGCAGGAGCUGUGGCUGCCAUGUCUAGCAUCACCUUCCCAGCCAUCAGUGCCAUGGUCUCCAGGAACGCGGACCCUGACCAACAGGGUGUGGUGCAGGGGAUGAUCACUGGAAUUCGGGGGCUGUGUAACGGCCUGGGCCCAGCGCUCUAUGGCUUUGUCUUCUAUCUCUUCCACGUGGAGUUGAAUGAAAUGGCUGAGGUGGAAACUUUGGGUAAGGCCUCCAAACCCAACAUGGCCAACCCUACAGAUGAGAGCAGCAUUAUCCCAGGGCCUCCCUUCCUGUUUGGGGCUUGUUCUGUCCUGCUCUCGCUCCUGGUGGCCUUGUUCAUUCCAGAACACAACCUUGCACUGAGGUCAGGCAGCCACAAGAAGCAUGGGAAUGGAGCCCAGACCCACACCCACAGCCCACAGGCCGGAGGAUCAGAUGGCAAGGAGCCCUUGCUCGAGGACAGCAGCGUAUGAGGUUGGGAGAGAAGGACUUGGCUUGUGUCUCAACUCCAGACUGAGGAUGGACUGAGCCAGUGGGAGUUCAGGGAGAGAGGGUGGGGGGAGAGAAGAAAUGAGGUAACAGAUUGUACCACUGACAGCUAAUGAGAGGGGAUGGGGUUUCCCUUCAAGCCAAAUAUACCCAGCUGGUGCAAAAAUGGGAUUGUAUCACCUGGUGCUGACGGAGAGAGGGGAGAUUCUGAACUGCUCCACGGGAAGGGAUGGUUCUGUAAAGCAAACCUGCCCUUGUGCGUGAAUACUGAACUUCGUGGUGUGACCUGCCAAAUACUCACCUUGCCAGUGAAAAAUUAAGGAGCUAGCAUUGUCUUUGUUCUAACACGAACUAACUGAGUUGCCAGACAGAAGAAAACGAGGCAUCUGUCUCACGUACCCAUCCCCUUACGUCAUCGGUACUCGCUGCCGGUCCCACCGCAGCCCCCUGGGCUGGGACAGGCCGGUGUGUGCAGCCCGUGCUGUGAUAAUGCACCGAGUGAAGAGUGUGUGGAGAGCAGACAGUGCAGUCAGCCAGGCACAUCCUCGCUGCUGGAGGAGCUGGUGAAUUUGCCCAUUUUGGCCCAAGUGAAACUUA